UGCAAAACACCAUCUCCUUCUCCCAAAACCUGUCCAAAACUCAUCAUAUUUCUUCUCACUUAUCAAGAAUGGGAAGAUCGCCUUGCUGCGACAAAAAUGGCCUCAAGAAGGGGCCGUGGACGCCCGAAGAAGACGAGAAGCUCAGUCGAUACAUCCACGCCCAUGGCGCCGGAAAUUGGAGAAAUCUUCCCAAAAAUGCUGGUCUUGAAAGAUGUGGGAAGAGUUGUCGGCUGCGUUGGAUUAAUUACUUGAGGCCAGAUAUCAAAAGAGGAAGAUUCUCAUUUGAAGAAGAAACUAUAAUCCAACUCCAUAGUGUUCUUGGCAACAAAUGGUCAGCUAUUGCGGAGCGUCUGCCCGGGAGAACAGACAACGAGAUAAAAAACUACUGGAACACCCACGUCCGGAAGCGUCUGCUCCGGACCGGGAUCGACCCAGUGACCCACGCGCCACGGCUCGACAUGCUCGACCUCUCGUCGCUCCUCACCUCGCCGCAGCUCAACCUGCCGAGCCUCCUCCGCCUCCAGACGCUCCUAAACCCGGAGGCGCUGAGGCUCGCCAUGAGCCUCGCAUCGAGCCACGGCGGCGGCGCUCAGCUCCUACAAAAUCAGCCACAGGCGGCGGUCCAACCUAAUCACUUUGAAAACAUUGUUGAUCAACAAAUUCCACCAAAUCCAAUCAAAAACGAUGCGUUUCAAUGUCAACAAAUGGUUCAAGACAAUUUGGUGAGGGCAGAUUUGUUGGAAAACUCGAGUUUUGACAAUGUUAAUUUGGAUUCAGUUUCUCUCUCUAGCUCUCCUGCGGUUAUCAAUGGAGGAGGAGAAGAUGAGAGAGAGAGAUUCUGCAGUGAUUUGUUGAGAUUUGAGAUUCCGGAGAGUUUGAAUUUUGAUGAUUUCAUGUAAAAUUUUAUUUUUUUUCCCAGUGUUAUUAUUGAUUUAGUAGGGGAAUUCUUUUGUA